AGGCUACAUUUGGAGUUUUGUGAAGCCCCAACACAAGAAGUACCUGACUAUGCCUGACUUUUGUGCAGCCUACGGAUGCUCUAAUCGCCGCAGUCUGCAAACAAGAACCCGUGGGAUCACCUUUCACCUGUUUCCCAAAACCGGAGAGAGGAGGAGGCAGUGGGAAGUUGCCCUAAGAAGGGACGGUUUUGUUUCCUCUGGCAGGACGCUGCUCUGCAGUGAGCACUUCAGGAGUGAGGACUUUGACAGGACGGGGCAGACUGUCCGGCUUAAAGAUGGUGUUGUGCCAACAGUAUUCAAUUUCCCAGCUCAUCUUCAAAGGCCGGAAGCAACAAGAAGCACAACCACUUCAAGAAGAGCGGAAGAUGAACCUCAGCCUAAUGUUGUGAGUAUUCUGAAUGUGGCCAAGACCAGAGAGAUGGUCAUUGAUUUCAGGAGGGUGAGGACGUCUCCUCUACCCCUGUGCAUUCUGGGAGAGGAUGUGGCUGUUGUGGAGGACUACAAAUACCUGGGAGUGCACUUAGACAACGGACUGAACUGGAGGAUCAACACUGAUGCUGUGCACAAGAAGGGGAUGAGCAGACUCUAUUUUCUGAGGAAGCUGAGAUCCUCACGUGUGCAGCAAGAUGCUGGAGAUCUUCUAGUCUGUUAUGGCCAGUGCACUCUUCUUUGCUCCGGUCUGCUGGGGGGGCAGCAUCAGAGCCGGUGACACCAGCAGGAUCAAUAAACUGAUCAGGAAAGCUGGGUCUGUCAUCGGCAUCAAGCUGGACCCCUUUGAAGCUGUGGUGGAGAGGAGGACACUGAACAGGCUGUUGUCCAUCAUGGAUAACCCCACCCAUCCUCUCCACCUGCAGCUGGACAGUCAACGGAGCUCCUUCUCCAACAGACUGCUGCAGCUCCGCAGUGCCAUAACUCAACAAAUCACCUCUGGCUGGAAGAUAACUCUCUGCUCCAUAGUUUCUCUUGAAUAUAACCACGUUGUACAUUUUACACAUAUAUAAUCUAUUUAAUAUUUAACAUUAAUAUUCCA